UCCAAAACAACACUGUUAGAAGUUGAAAGUUGAAAGUUGAAACUGAGAGACAACAAAUCCUAAUCAAGUCUUAAGGAUGCUGCCACUGUCGUCCUCCCGUCAAAGUCCUCCGCCAUUUCCUAAAAUGGCAUCACCUUCUUCGCUGUCACCUGCCACCGUCUCACGUAGAGGAUCCAAAACUCCGAGCGAGAAGGACCUGGAUCCGAGUUUCGCCGACCUUCCAUCAGACGUCCUAGGUGUAAUAAUGUCUCGUCUUAUCUUAAAAGAUAACAUCCAUGCAUCAGCCACUUGUACGUCAUGGUGUAAAGCUGCUGUAUCUGUUCGGGUAGUGGAAAAGUAUCCUUGGCUUAUAAACUUUCCUAAAGGUGACAACUCGGUCGAACUCCUGGAUCCAUUACAGGGGAAGCUGUACAUUUUGAAUCUGCCAGAGUUACCUAAAUCCACUGUGUGUUACUCAAGAGAUGGCUGGUUACUUAUGGAUAAAACAAAAUCGCUAAACAUGUUCUUCUUCAAUCCGUAUUCCCGGGAGCUAAUAACCUUGCCAGAGUGUCUGCAUGCUUUUGAUGAGUUGGCGUUCUCUUGUCCUCCUACAUCAGAUAAUUGUGUGGUUGUGGGGAUAAGGUUCUUAGCAGAGUUAGUCGUGAUCAGCACUUGUCAUCCAGGAGCUACCGAGUGGAAAACUGAUACCAUCCCUUGUUAUCUAAGACCGUUUUAUAAUCUGAGUAACAUUGUCUAUUGCAAAGAUCGAUUCUAUUGCUUCAACGCACGAGGAACUUUGUUUAGCUUUCACCCAUCUUCCCGUACAUGGAGUUAUAUGUGUGCAGAUAAACUGGAAUGCCCGUAUCAAUAUGAUAGAGAGAAAUAUGGAUGGAGUGAGAAAGGAGUUUCUUUGAUCGAGAAGAAAGGAGAGCUUUUUGUCAUGUUUACUAGCAGCAACGAAAAUCCUCUACUUUACAAGCUAAUCUCUGGGAAGUGGGAGGAGAUGAAUCUGACUGCACUUGAUAGCUUGAACAUCUUUGUCAGUUAUUAUAACAGUGAGCUGAGAACUAAGCUCCCAUGUAUGAAGAACGAUGUCUACUUCUCAAGGUUUAGUUACAAGGGCCAACGUUGUGUAUCGUAUUCCUUCGAUGAAAGCAGGUACAAUCCGGACAAGGAAUGGCAGAGGUGGAGAGAACUAUGUCCUCCUCAAAGCAUAUGGAUCGAUUCGCCUCCUCAGGAUGUGUUAGACCUUUUGAUGAAAUAGAUAAGAAGUCAGGAUUUUGGGACUUCUCUCAUUGUUGUGUUGUUGUUUAAUUACCAGAACAGUUUCGGUCUUUGUAAAUGUCUUCUUUUUCUAAAGUUGACAGUGAACCAUUUCUGA